AUGAAUCAUGGUGAACGUGCAUGUUUAGCCUUGAUUAAUGAUGAAAUCCAAAAACAACUUCCUGUUAAUAUCACCAAUAAUGCAUUAAAAAAAAGAAAAGAAAGAUCAGGAAAAAUAUAUGAUUUAUUUGUUAGUAUUGGUAAAGAGAAAAUAAGAGGUAUUAGAUCAUUUUCGGCAUCAAACAUUUCAAAUCUGAGUCAAGAAAAUAUUGAUUAUAUAAUCGUUGAAGUUUUAAAAAAAGAAG